ACGAGGAUAAGGUGGAAUUCGAAAGGACGAGGUCAGACAGACUUGGAAACCCUCGCUUGUCUUCCUCUUCGAGCGAGCGCGGCCACCCCUCCCUUCCCAUCCCGCUGCUGAGCAGCGCCCCUGCCCCUUCGCUCCGUCUCUCGUCUUCCUCCUCGUGCGAGCGCCUCCACCGCAGCUCCCGUGGGCUCUCCUAUUCCUACGAAGUCGCCCGGGCCACCCCUCCACCGACGCCUCCGUCCUCGCUAGCCCGCCCAGCCAAGCCAGCCAGCUACGUCCGUCCCCUCCGUCGCCAUUGCCGCCGCAAUGACCUCCCCCUCCUCCGCCGCCUCCUCCCUCCAUAUUACCAUCACCAGCAACCCUUCCUCCUCCACCAUCACCAACAACACCAACGCCAACAACCCCAAGCCUCACCACCAUCAUCUUCCCAGCCACAGCACCGCGCGCCCGGGCCCCAACAACAACAACCCAGGCGGUGGCGGCGGCGGCGGAGGCGGUGGAUCGUCGUCGACGAACCAGGCCUGCGCGGCGUGCAAGUACCAACGGCGCAAGUGCAACCCGGACUGCCCGCUGGCGCCAUACUUCCCGGCGGACCAGCAGCGCCGCUUCCUCAACGCGCACCGUCUCUUCGGCGUCAGCAACAUCCUCAAGACGCUCCGCCGGAUCAAGCCGGAGCUCUGCGACGCCGCCAUGAACGCGCUCAUCUACCAGGCCGAGAUGCGCGCGAUCGACCCCGUCGGCGGCUGCUACCGCAUCAUCCUCGAUCUGGAGAACACCUUCGAGCUCGAGUCCGCCGAGCUCGCCGCCCUGCUCCACCACCUCGAACUCUGCCGCCAGGCCGCCGCCGCCGCGGCCUCCGGCGUGCCGCCUCCUGACGUCAUGGACGCCGCCGACCUCGAUCUCGAGGUCACGUCCUCCAACCACCACCAGCCCAGCCUCGCAAUGGACGCCGUCGUCGACAUCGACACGCUCUACGUCGGCCAAGAAGCCAUACGUGACGACAACAAUGCCGAUCACGGCAACAACAACAACAGCCCGCAUGCGCAAGAUCACGGCGAACAGCAGCACCAGCAACAACAACAGCUGUACGACUAUUUCUACUACGAGACGAAGAAUAACGGCGCCGGGGCCGCCGAAGACGCCAGCAGCAACAAGCCGGGCAGCGUCGACAUCAACGUCGACGUCAUGCAGCAUUUCGAUUACGACUCCGGUUGUGACGCCGUUGAUGAUCAUUCCUACAAGCUGGCGGUGGAACUGGCGCCGAUGAUGUCCUCAGGUGGCCUUGCAGGGCAGCAUCAUCAGCUCGAGGAGGAGCACUACGGCCAGAUUGACCACAAGGAGUACGAGAUGAAGGUGGCGUCCUUCGUCGACGCGUUCGACGUCAACGCCGACAUCGCCGCCAGUGUCAAGGAGGAGAUUGAUCAGGAGGAGGAUGCUAACUAUAACAUGGCACUGGCUGAAGAAUCGCAAUUAGCUGAGUCCUCACAUUGCAGACUAGGCUUAGGAUUUUCUUCUCUCUAAUGCAUGCAUGUGCCGUCGAUUCAAUUUCCAUUCAUGAGCUUAAUUAUGU